AUGUAUUGUUCAGCCAGGUUGCUACUGUUGUUCCUUUGGCUAACACCGAUCCUGGAAGCGUGGCGGGAUGACGGUAGACUAGUUUGGGAUUCCAGUACGGAACCCCAGGAUUCCACAGCGGAACGCGACAAUUAUGCGCUAUCUACUGAUGUGCAUAGGUCUGGACCUCGUAAGUUGCGCACAAAGGCGCAACAGCUUGAGGGGACCUUACCAAAAGAUGGAAGACACGUUUCAGGAUUCAACACAGUAUCACUUCUGAGAUUCGACGACAAAGGGUUGAGAUAUAAGGCAGAGGAAGGCAAAGAUGGAGAACCGGUGCAGAAUCCAAGUGCCUCUGAACCAAAGGAUACUAAGGGCAGCGUCGAACCUCCGGAAGACAGCGGGCCUUCUUACCCAUCUUCUAGAUGGUGUAAAAGCGAUGUAACAUUCAUAAAUUCGUUUGAACUGAUGGUGUUCAAUCUUUUGGCACUAAUGACGCUGCUACUUCUGGCAUCAUGGCACCUGAUUUUGGCGGUCCUGUCUCGCCAUAGGAAAGACGGAUAUGAACCUAUCGACCAGUCCCACCCAGUAACCGUAGUGGAUAAUGACGAAAUAUGUUCUUCCAUCAAACAAGAUGGUUAUUCAUACACAAUUCCAGGGAAGUACGUGGUCAGAUGUAUGCUAGUCUACACUGCUGUCUGCCAAGUCGUGGUGAUGGCAUUGAUGUGCAAUGAGAUGUGCAUUCCGCUCGUGGACGGGAUUUCAAACUGGGAAAUGCGAGCUAAACCAUUCUUCAUAUCAUGGGUGAUCGGAUUCUUUUCUCUGUUGUUUUCCGUGAUUCUCCGGAACACAUACAUGGGCAAGUGCAUGUUUAUGAUUCCACAGCCACUCAGUUCGUGUAACUACGUGCUAAUCACAGACCAUUCACACGCAAGCCACCCAGGUGAACAAGAUGUAUUGAGAUCUCUGGCGGAUUGGUUAUCUGCCCUGGCUGCCUACCUCAAGCUGAAAUUGAACAUCCCAGACCGUGUCUUCACGGUCAAAUUCGACAAAUACAGGGAUGCAGCGAGUCAUGUGUACGUGCGUGUUGAAAAUGAUGGGAACGAGAGAUUCUUUUAUUAUCAUUGUGUGAAGUAUACGUACAACCCCAAUAUCGGUCUAUUUGUGGAUGCAUCUGCCAAGGUGACCAGCUACCUGAGAAACACGAACCUAACAAAUUUGCUCGAUAACGGAGGGCUUACGGAGGCUGAAUCGUACAGGAGAACUCAAGAUGUAGGUAGAAAUACAAUUGUUGUUGAGUCACUAUCAUUUUCCAUGCUUCUCUACCGCGAAGUAUCGGAUCCUGUAUUCUUCCUGCAACUAUACCUAACAUUAAAGAGUAUGUACUGGAAGAGCAUCAUUACUGCGCCUAUAUGGGGGUUCAUGGUUCUUUACACAAUUUUGAAGAAGGUAAAAAUCAUCAAUGAUCAGCAGAAGGAUCUUCAUCAGCUGGCCACUGCGGCUGCCAACUCCACCGUCACUGUGUUACGGGAAAACAUGACAAAAACCGUUCCGGCAUCUGAAUUAGCCAUCGGUGAUAUAGUACGCGUUAUGUCUGAUUGGGAAGUUCCCAGUGAUAUGGUUAUGCUUCGCGGUGACGUCAUAGUUGACGAGAGUUCAAUCACAGGUGAAUCGAUUCCUCUUCGCAAGAGUAAGAUGAGCAUUGACAAGCAUGGUUACUCACUUUCCGUGUUAGAUUUUAACCUAUCUAUGGACGUAGCGAACAAAAAACGUACAUCUCACAAGGGAGGCACUGAGCACCUACUCAAGGCUGGUACUCGCAUCCUUUCCGUUGUCGGUAACGAAGAGAUAGCAGCAUCUGCGGUGGCAGUUGUCAUUGCGACUGGUGUGUACACAACAAAGGGUAAACAAAUGAAAGGUGUGCUUUUCCCCAACCAAUUCAGGUUGAAAUACGACACGCAGCUGCCUAUGGUAUUUAUCCUCAGCUGCAUAUAUGCAUUUAUAUGUUCGUCGUACCAGAUACAGUUCCUCGGCUGGAACAUGACGUCCAUCUUCUAUUGCUUGGGUACCCUUUCACAGGUCGCACCUGUGUGGGCCAGUACCAUGAUGUCUAUUGGUCAAAGCCGAGCCUGCGAACGCUUGGCACAAUCUGAGUCGAUCUGUUGCAUUGCGCCCUCACGUAUUGCCAUAUUUGGAAAGUUGAGAGUCAUGUGUUUCGACAAGACUGGAACUAUGACCAACAACUCUCUGGUGUUCGAUGGACUGAUGAUGUUAUCAGGGCUGCAGAGAACCCCUGUGCUAAUGACACCGCAGGAGAUUGUCGAGACGAUAAAUUCAAUCAAGAACACAACUCAAUUGUCUUCCAAGUCAGAUAAGGAAACAAAGCGGCAGAUUUUGUCACUUGCAAUGGCUACGUGUCAUUCACUGUUCCCCCGAGGUGCCAACGAAAACCUCGGCAACCAGGUAGACAAAUCGUAA